AUGGCAGUGCGUUACUUUCCACGUAAUUACCCGAAAGGCCUACGGAAUACAGACAAUAGAUUUAAGUUCUCUCUGCAGUUGAUUAUAUACAGUUACAUGACUGUCACAAUCAACAUGGGCGACGUAAUCCAACAACCGUCUUCUUUAAUAUUCCAAAACUCAGAGGACCAAACCUCGAAUGAAUACGACAAAAUGGAGGAUGGAUGUUUAGGCCGAAGUUUUCUCGAUUCCAACAGAUUUCAGAACAACCAGAACCGACCCGUCACUUUUGAGAACGCAGCGCGUGAACGUUCCCGUGUGAAAACUCUACGAGGAGCAUUUCUAGAGCUGCAGAGAACACUUCCAGCUGUACCCCCGGAUACGAAACUGUCCAAACUGGACGUACUCGUACUAGCAACUACAUAUAUUGCCCACCUGAUGCGGACGCUGAGCGAGGAUGAGGAUGAAAACCAGGUGUUUGCAGCUAACGGAAUUAUGCAUCCGGUCAAGAAAUGGCCGAUGAGAUCACGUCUAUAUGCCGGGAUAUUGUCAAGUACCUUUCCUGUCCGGAGGAGGACAGCGGACAACAAUUCACAAAGGAGAACGUCACAAAACGAAAAUGCACAUUGGAAAUGUCACACCAGGUCUAACGAGGCUGGUUAUGUGAACCACGAGACGAUGUAA